CAUCAUUGGCGUUCCUCAUCUUCCGCUCGAGCUUACCGUCCGAACGCCGUUUACGUCCGUCCCGCGGCUUGUAUCGGCUUCCCGUUCGGUUGACCGCGUCACGAGCGAACGGCAGAUCGGCUGCUGUUGCUGCGGCGGGACACGCGUUGGCAACACGUCAAAGCGACAGGCGGUACGACGGCAGCGUCAACGACGACGACCACGACGAGCCGACGACAUGAGAUGCUGGUCAGACGGAUCCGAUGGAUGUGCCUGCUGUGUGCUUGUGCGCUCGCCGAUCAAAACAUGCCAAGCAACGAGACACAAACAGGGUUGGGAGAACAGUGUUUCCAAGACGACACGUGCCACAAGCACGACAAGCACGCGGUGUGCGCACAGGUGGACCACAACGCCAUAUGCAAGUGCAAGCAGGGCUACCACAUGGUCACCGUGUCCAGGCCUACCAACGCGCGGAGCAGCUUUUGCGCUCAAGACGAAUCGGACGGCAAGACUGGCGGUUCGUCGUUGCUCGGCGUCGUGGUCGGUCUGCUAGUGUUCUCGGCGCUCAUCUGUUUCGGGCUGCGCCUGUCCACGGCCUCCAGGCCACGGCGCUUCCCGACCACCAACUUGUAUCCCAACAAGCUGCUGUGCUCGCGCCAAACUAAAGCUUCUUCGAGUCGACAUUAUGGGACAUCCGAAGGUUCGGCUCAGCAAGAAGACGAGAGCAGUGCUGGUCAGUCGGAGGCCAAAGACGAAGAGAACAGCAGGGUAGGCGCAGCUAGAGCAGCCGCUUUCAUAUUAAUCUCUUGUCGGCCGUCCACUUCGGAGUCGCCUUCGUCUUCGCCGGGUAGAGUGAAAAGGGCGAAAAAACUGGGGUACGGCCGGACGGGUAGUGAUCCAGCUGUGCACAGUACAUCUUCCAUGAAGACACACAACCUGAAGUGGUACCAGAGGGACCAGCAGAGAAGACACUCGACCAAGAAUAGAGAAGCCAAAGGAACGCCGCCCAGCCAUUGUUCGACCGAACAACUUAUACACAACAGUUCCAAAGAAGAAUUUUCUAGAACCAGCCAGAACGCGUUAAACUCGAAAGAAAAAUCAAAGGCUUCGUCUGUGAAUCGUAUCGAACACAAGGCUCUAGUCCAUCAUUCGGCACCCAGCUGUAGUCCGGAUGCGGUAGCUGUCCCCUUGGAACCUCUGGUGCCACGAAACCAACCGCAACAGUCCAAAGAGCAGCAUCACAAACCGCCGGAAGAAGCGUCGUAGGGAUCCCUUAUAAGCGUAACUCAUAUCCUUAUCUCCCCUUUAAGUAUUAUAUACACGGGUUUGUCGAAAACGUGUCUGUCGUCGCCCUAUUAUAGUUAUGUAAAUCGGUGUACCGCUGGUCUUAGUCCCGUUUAUUAAAUUUUGCCCAGGGAAACACAAAUUAUCUCAAAAACCAUUCAUAAACAUACCGUCACAAUACUGUUAAAUGUAUAACUACUGUUUAAAUAAAAAAAUGUUUAUAACCUCGCUAUUGGCAACGGCGCAUUUGAACCUAAACUUGUUGGGAAGCUUAAGUCUUCCUACAGUUUUUCCCGAAGACCACCGUAGGGUUUCUCUCUUACCGUAUACCGUAACCCUUCCCCUAUUAUACAGGUACUGCAAUUUUAGAAAUCCCCAUAGGGAUUUAUUAUUUUAAUCCUAUCCGGGAACUGUUCUCGUUAGGAUUUCUUUAGGAGAGAACGCUCGGAGACAAUUAGGAGCAAAAUAGAAUAAUAAAACUGCUCUUAGCGAGUCACAUGUCUUCCAGCUUCGGGCUCCAAUUUUGAGAUCGAUAUCCUCAUCUUGAGAGUCAUUUCAAAUAAAUAACAUAAAAAACGAACUAUGAUAUGCCAGUUUUCCUUACCGUUUUUUGUUUUGGGUGAUAUUAGAAGAACAUAGCAACUCAUCCCUAGUUGCGUCUAUGUCCUUCGAAUUUCUGUUCAAAAUCCGUACUAUUACCUACUCGACCUGCGUUUAUUUUUAAAAAUAUGUAAUAAUUCAUAGUACUUAUAUUGUUUUUAUGGUACACGGUUUGCGCGAAAAUUAAGUACUUUUACCGAUUUAAGUAAAAUUUAGUUUUAAGUAAAUUAAUAAUAAUAUACAGUGUUUGGUGAGGGCAAAAGUGAUUACAACAAUUUUUAUAAAUUAUUUAUAUAUAUUUAUACAAUAUUACCAUAUCCUAUAUUAUAUUAUAUUAUUACCAUCGAAAAAGUGUGUUACACGAUACUUAAAAAUAGCCGUUUUUCGUUUUGGUAUUAAGUCCGCAUUAAAAAAAAUCUUUAUUUUUAUAUUUUUUAUUUUUACCCUGGUUAACCCGUUUAUGUGUGCCAAUUUUUGAAACUAAAGUAUAAUAUUUAAUAACCAAACGUCCAAACGUACGUUGAGUUUCGCUGAGCGCAUGUGUUUAAAAAAUUAGGUUGCACCUAGAAACACGUAGUAAGAUAAUGCAAUUGGGUGUCUGUAUUGAACAUUACUAUACAUAGGGACGGCUACCUAGAUAAGCACGUUGAAAUUUGAUUGACCCCCCCACCGUAAUCGAUCAAGUGCUAUUAAACGUCAAAAAAAUUUAAACACUUUUCCGUCGAGUCAAAUAGUUUGUUUAAAACGUAAAGCGUGUAGUUGAAACAAAACAAUUUUGACAGCUGUCGUUUUUUCUUAGCGUCUUGAAAAAUCAUAUUAGUUUUUCGAAGUUACUCAUAUUUUGUCCAUAAUUUAUAAACGUUUAACAGGUAUGGGCGCAAUUAGACGGGUACCGUACUAACCUUAAAAAAUACUUUGGACAACCAUUUUUUGCCCUCUUUGCCAUCUAUUGUCUCCCCCUUCACUUAGCUCGGCUCUGAGGUGAAUCCUUGAACAGGUAUGAAGAAUACUGGUAUAAGUUAUUCAUGCCAAUACACCUACUGCAGCAAAAAAUGUUUUAACUAUUGAUAACCUGAUUAGAGUUUACAGUCCAUUCUAAAAAAUUGACCCCAGUUGCCCCUUUGACGUUGAACCAACAAUUGCCACUGAUUUUUGCCUGCUCGAAUACCGUACAUAUUAAAUUGCAUGUCUGAAAUAGAAUUAUAAAUCUCCUAUGAUUGUUUUUCUUUGUACUUAUUAUUUGCUAUACUUAGACGGUAUGAAACCAAAUAUCAUUAAGCUAUACAGCGAGCCACGUGUAUGCAUCAGCUGUCACCAGUGCUAUUACACUUAGGCUAUAGUCGAGUUAGGUUUUCAUCGUCGUGUAUUAUUAAUAAUUUAGACUUAGUAACGUUAGACGAUUUUUGUUUAGUGUAGUAUUUUAUAUAAUAACGUCGUGUAGCGUCUAUAAUGAUAUAUACAGUUAAUCGGCCUAUCUUUUUAUAUUAUGUAGGCAGAUAUAGUUGUGUUUCAAAAAAAAAAAAUGAAUAGUAUUUUACUAGUAGCCACAUAUUAUAUUAUGAUGUUAUAUGUAUUAAUAGCGCGUGAAACGAUAAAAGUUAAGUGAAUUCAUCUGUUAUAGACGAUAUAGUUAAUCUAUUUGAAUAAUAUAAUACAAUAUAUAUAUAUAUAUAUAUUAUAUAUCAUCAUCAUGUAGGCUAAGAAGCCAUGGGGGCCUAAUGCUGCCAUCAUGAGAUGGGUUCUAUAUAUUUAUAUUUUAUUUUUAUUAUUUCUUGUAGACUAUAAUAUAAUAUAAUAUCAUAAUGGAUACUAUAAACGAAUCACCCUAAUUUUUAAACGCAUAAUAAUAUAAUGUAGAUUACAAUAAUGGUUUAUUAUACAUCUACAUAAUUAUAUAAUCAGACAAACGGUUGCAUAUUUUUUUAUAUUAUAGAAGCAUAUACAAGUCGAUCAGAUGCUCAAGUUUGUAAGUUUACUGUCUACCCAGGUUGGAAAUGACGUAGUUUAGUUUCAAAAAUAUUUUGAUUAUUUUUUUUUCCUUUCGAAAAAUUCAAUUUUUUCAUUUUAUCAUAUUAUUACAAUGCCAGUCUUGUUGAGAACAUUUUGCGAUUUUUCUUGAGAACGCAUUAAGAUUCCCGAUCAAGACCGACAUUUUAUAGAUAAGAAGAGCGAGUAAUGAUACCUAUUACUGCCUUUUGCGACUGGUCGACUUGUAUUUUAAUUUGCUAUCAUCUAGCUAUCCAACAGAGUUGAUAUUCGGUAUUCGUAGACUUAAACGAUAACAAAUAAAACAGUGAUUACAAUAAAUAAACAAAUUAUAUACCAACCACUACGGAUUUAUUUGAAUUUAUAUUAUUUUCAAAAGUACAAUAUUAAACCAAAAUGUGUGUCAUGGGAAAUUGUUAAACGAUAUUUGUAACUUACAAUCUAAAAAAAAUUGUUUACAAAUUUUACUGGUACGCGUUUGGAUGAGUUGCUAAAAACAUAUAUUUAAAACCCGUCGAAUUAUCAAAAAAAAACUUAAAAAAGUAUUUUACAUUUAAGUGUGCCCUUGUAUGGCAUCUUGGCGGUGGCGUGGCGUUUCAAAUUAAACCCAUGAUUUUGUAAACUUUGAAUACAAUAUUUUAAGUAUGAUAAAUUGUGGCGGUACUGCUGACAAUAUUUGCAUUCUGUGUGCGUUCGAAGGGUGACAAGAGAUUUGCAUUGUACAGCAAACAGGAUGUGACCUAAAUAUUAAUGUUAUUACUUAUUUUUUAAGCUAAAAAACAACAAACAAUAAAAUACGUUGGAUAUGAUAAAUGUACUUUGACUAUAAUAUUUGAUGACAAUUUAUAAUAUCAAUGAAAUAGUGCGUGUCAUAAUUACAAUAAUAAUAAUUGUGUGUUUUAUAUAUUAUAUAAAUAAUUUAUACAUAAAAAAAUUGUAAGUGUAUCAUAUAUUAUAUAAAUACUAUGUGGUAACUUAAUUAUGUAUUUUUUUAUGAGUUU